CAGCGAGGGAAGGCAGUGGCUCGGCUCUCAGACUGAAGCAAGCAGACAAAGGCAAGGGGAGAGACGGCGUGCCGCUAUCCUGCAGCAUCGACUCACACAUUCACAUACACUCCCCCCUCUCUAACACACACACACCCACACACACAGGCUACACACUCCCUUCACUCCGCAAGCAGCGACGCAGACUCUCCAGAGCCGGUCACCACCACCACACAUCUGUCACAACCAUCACAGCUGUCAGUCAUCAUGGAGCUAGACUUCGGACACUUUGACGAGCGAGACAAGUCCAACCGCACCCCGCGGGGUGGCCGCAUGAACGGACUCCCCAGCCCUACUCACAGUGCCCACUGCAGCUUCUACCGCACGCGCACUCUGCAGGCCCUCACCAACGAGAAGAAGGCCAAAAAGGUGCGCUUCUACCGCAACGGAGACCGCUACUUCAAGGGCAUCGUGUAUGCGGUGGCCAAUGACCGAUUUCGCACCUUCGACUCGCUCCUGGCUGACCUCACACGCUCGCUCUCUGACCACAUCAACCUACCACAGGGUGUCCGCUUCAUCUUCACCAUUGACGGCGCACAGAAGAUCUGCACCUUGGAUGAGCUAGAGGAAGGGGAAAGCUACGUUUGUGCAUCGGAGAACUUCUACAAGAAGGUCGACUACACAAAGAACGUCAACCCAAACUGGUCCGUGAAUGUAAAGGCCUCAGCGAGCCAGAAGAACAUGCAGUCCUUCGCUGCCAAGGCAGCCGGCGAGAACAGAGACACCAAGGACUUUGUUCGACCCAAGCUGGUGACGGUGAUGCGCAGCGGUGUGAAGCCACGCAAGGCUGUGCGCGUCCUGCUCAAUAAGAAAACGGCGCACUCCUUCGAGCAGGUGCUCACCGACAUCACAGAGGCCAUCAAACUUGAAAGUGGCGUGGUCAAGAGGAUCUACACGCUCGACGGCAAGCAGGUGACCUGCCUUCAGGAUUUCUUCGGUGAAGACGACGUCUUCAUCGCUUGUGGACCAGAAAAAUUCCGCUACGCCCAGGACGACUUCUCUCUGGACGAUAACGAGUGCAGGGUGAUGAAGGGACCAAAAGCUCCGCGUUCUGGAAAGAGUCCCGGUCCAAUCAGGCGCAGCAAGUCUCCUGCUGAAUCAACCAACGGGACCGGCUCCAGCAGCCAGCUCUCCACUCAGCAUUCCCCCACCUCCACCCCCAACAGCCCAGGACUCAACAACAAGCAGAAGGAGCUCUACUUGCCCUUAUCUCUGGAUGACGAUGAUUCAAUUGGGGAAUCGAUGUAGACUCUCCUCCAGCAGCCUGCCUCCCAUUUGGCCUGAAAGAAAAACAAAACAGAAGUUUUUAUACGUCUGCUGCUUUCCACCUCCACUCACAGUGCCGUCCAUUGUCCAGGAGAACCGCUCUUUGUCAAUUUUUUAAAAAGGCCUUAGCCAGCACAGCUAUGACACCAUUUGCUGCUUGAGAAUAACACAAACCACUUUUCUAAAAUUCAGUUUCGACCACUUUGCAACAAUCAGCUCACAAAUGUUUCAGGAAUAUGUUUCUAUGUGGAGGUUAGCCACAAGUUCUCAAAAGGGCACACAGUUCACUGACCAGCACAUUUCACCAUGUAAAGAAAUUGUCACUUUGGUCUCCAACAUUUUUUUAAAGGAUGCACUCUGACUUUAACGUUUCAGUCACUGAAUUCCAAGCAGCAAAUGGAUCUUUUUAGGGGUGUUAGUCAGAUCUCACUUAACUUUUGUAUCACUUGUAUUCGUGGUGUUUCUCCAUGUCCUCCUGUCCCCUUUUGGUUAAAGGUGUGAAAGCUAAUGGUUGCUGUUUCAAAGCCAGAUAAAGUCCUUCUAACCUGCUGUAAAUACUGUGUAUAGCUAUCCAUCAUAGCAUCUCUCAGCCCAACGUCCAUUCAUGUUCUUCCAUAACGUCCAUACAGUGUCUGUCCAACAUUCGCUCAACAUGAAACAGGGUUCAGUCAAAGUAGAGGAAGAACCAAAAUGAAGUCCCACUGCAGAGGGUGAGGAUGUGUGGGCUGCAGCUCCUGACUCAAGAGGAUGAUUGGUCAGAAGUAAAACACCUCCACAAUGAGAAUUCAUGAUCCCAACUGAGUAUAUACAGUUUAUAAAUAUAUAUAUGAGAGAUUAUAGAACCACUUAUAAGAGGAAACCACAUUAACAAUGGAGGCCUCCAAACCCUUAGGUUGGCAAAAGUUGUAAUUUAUCCUGUCGAAUCAGACACAACUAAAUAACAUCCCACAUGACCCUCAGUGAAUCCUCCAUGUUGGUGUUUCCUCUAUUUUGAUCCUCUACAGUAGACGGUAGGCUACACAUGGUGUUUACCCUGUGUGCAAUAGAUUUUCACAAUUUGCAGUGCAUGAUAAUAACGACUGAGAACGAAACUUUGGGCGUGUAAAAAGCUGAUUUGAAGGACCUUAAGGUGCAUAAAAAAACAACAAGUAAGUAAGUAGCUAGUGAUUUACUUGCAUAAAAAAAUCAACCAAAGGAAGAAAAAUAUGUCAGGCCCAUUUUUAAAAAAAGCCAAUAUACAGUUUUUUAUCAUGGUCAUGUUUAAAUAAUUCCCCUUUAGGCGAUGUUUUAUAGUGUGACAUUUAAGAUGAAUAAAUAAAGGUCUCAAAGCCAAAGUAUGAUUUUAAACCUAGAAGUAUAGAAAGGUGUAAAUUUAUCAGUUGUAAAGUUCUUUAGGAGCUCACCUGGAGAUUUAUGCAUGUUACUUUCAAUCAUCAAAAAACAGCAUUCAAAUGAAAUCGUGCUAAUCGGAAGCCAUUAGAGUUUAUCAGGUCGCUAAAAAAGGUAGUGGGAUGCGUCUCCUCUAUUUUGCAUGGCUCAGUGUAGUUCUCAGUUAACAGGGGAGACGAAAAACGCAAUGGGUGUCUAAAUCUAUGUGUGGGUUUGAAAUUUUUAUAAAGUCUAUUAAUUUAUAUCGAAGGGUACUUGUCUAGGAUUCUUUUCUUUUCUAGUUUUAUCUCGCUCACAUGAGCUCUGAACACUUUUUUCAAGCCUCUGUGUGCAACUUUCUACCGCCACAUUUCUUUCUCUAUAAUCACAGCUUGUGUAGUGUGUCCAGGAAAAUCUACUGUAAAACGUUUUUGUUUGUUUGUUUGCUUGUUUUUUUUCCAGAUUUGUGCAGGGAAUCCUGCCUGAGAAUCACUAAAUCAGAUGUCAGUGAAGCACAAAGCAGGGAGAUAAUUGUUCAUCCCGCUGACUGACACUUUAAUUUAACACUUGCCAGCAUUUAAUGCGUGACUGCAAUUCAUUUUCUUAACGUGCUAAACAAAACAAAAAAGCUGCACAUGUAGCAACCUCUAGAUCAUAAUCUAUGCAUUUGGAUUUAGAAAUUAGCUUGAUUUUUGUUUGUUUUUCACGGAUUUUGAAUACCCUAUAGCAUCAAAAGAAAUGAACUUAAAUUGAAGUCUCCAUUUGAUUAUUCCAUUGUGAUAAAAGUCUGGAAGUUGAAGAUCUUAGGAGUGGUCAGGAUAAGAUGUUUUUUUUUGCCAUAUUCUUAAUGCUCAAGACAAAAAUCAUAAAACUACCCGGUGCUGUAAACUCCAUGUUACUCCUGCAGGGAGUGCUGUCUCAGCAGCACAAACACAGCUAAUAAUAUCAGCCAAUCCAACAGCAGGGACGCUUCACUUUACUGCCCAUUUUGUACAAAAAAAACUCCCCUAUUUGUUGUCUAUCAGUUCUGUAUAACCGUUCAUGCUAAUAAUCUUCUUGUUUCCUUGAUUUUUAUUGCAGCUUAAUACAGCUUAUAAACCAUUUACAGAAACUGUUGGUUGUCUUGUGUUAACCGGCCCACCACCAUGGAAGAUGGAUGGUGUGAAUUCAUCACCUACAGUGGUGCCUUUUUUUAAGAUUACCGUCUUUUAAUAAAAAACAAAACAAUAAAAAAAACAAAACGGGGACUGGAAGGCUUGCUCUUUGUGAACAGCUGUUUGUAAAACAUUUUUAACGUCUUGAAUGAUGAGGCCUCCGACACGCUUUGUUUUUGAGGAGUUACAGGACACUUAAUCAAGAUGUAAAUACGCUCCCCUCCUGUUCUCUUUCAUAUGUAUGCCUUUCUGAUCGAAUGAAUGACUUCUUUUUCUUUUUUUUUCUUGGAAAUUACAAUGUCUUUUUUAGUGGUAAUUUGCAAUGUCACAGUGGCUUGUUUCAGUGCUUCAUUCAAUGUAUUAACCGGUAUCCUUUUGCAAUUAAAACAGUUGUAUUA